AUGAUUUUCGUCAUUUUCUCCCUGGUCGUCUUCUUCUCCGUUAGCUUCGGGCUGACUCAAGAUGGCCUUGGCCCAGACAUCGUGUUGCCGCCCUACAUCACGGUCACCUGCACCGGCAACGACCUUGAUGUUGACGGCCGCAUCUCUACCAUGGCAAGGCUGAUGGACUGGUGCUAUUGCGGCAACACCGUGAACCCGGGCAACCUCAAGUACGCCGGCAUGUCUGUCCACGAGGACUCUGCCAACGUUGUCAAUCGCAAGCUAAUGCGGACCUGGGUCUGCAGCAAAUACCGCAACGAUCCCUGCGAUGACUUUGACCAGUGGUACACUGCCCUGGGCAACGUCACCAGCAAGUGUGACAACAAGACCGGAUUCUACUAUGACUCCCAGUUGGGAAUGGCCUGGGGUUUCGAGACCAAUGACCAGACUGCGUACUGCGACAACGUCCCGUGGACCUGA